AUGCCUACUCUUAUUGAGUUAGAGCAGCUUCUAGACAUUGCACUGACAACACCAGAAGUAGGUACCGUAAAUUUUAACAUUUUGCGCGUGUUUCUACAAGAAAUUCUGAAACACCUCAACAUCGAAAAUAAGGCUGUGGAUAUCGACAACUUUGAAAGAGAACUCAAAUCGGCGUACGACUUCAUUAAAGAUGGCUUUCUUGAAAUUAGUUCAAAAAGUAGGGAAAGAACACCAGAAUCAGCCCAGAAGCCAAACAUCGCCAUCAUUGAAACUGAACCAGAGAAAGAGAUAGCAAAGGAAGAAAACGAGGAAGAGCAGUCGACAACCGAAACAUCUGUUAUAGCAGUGGAGGAGAAAAAAUCACCAGAGCUGGAGAGUACGCAGGAAUCAAAAAGGGCGACUUCAUCUCCGAAACCUGGAACUGCGCUUUCUGUACGAGAUCACUCUCCUGCAACUCGAAGUUCCGUGUUGUUGGUCGGGCGAACAGAUUCCCUUAAGAACUUGAAGAGAAUGGUUUCUGAGCUCCAAGAACGAGUGGAGACUCUCGAGUUGCAGCCCACUCCCAUGCCUGAUCCCGUUAAGUCUGCUGCGUCCUUAGUUAGAAAAGAAAGCAGGACUCCUGCGCAUGACUUUGUGGAAUUAAUAAACAUCAAGCGAAAGCUCGAAGCAUCAGAGAAUUCUAUUGACGGUUUAAGUGAGAUGGUUGACGCCCUGACUUCUGAUGUGAAUGAACUGAAGGAACUCAUGGCCAGUGCAAGCAAUGCUCCAGGUGAUGCUACCUCCAAUAUAGCAGAACUUAAAAAUUGUUUCGAAGCGCUGAAAGAGGAGAAGGGCAAAAAUGAAGGUCAGAUUGAGGAAAUAUCACAGCAAUUGCAAAAAUUGUCAUGUAGCGAGAAGAAAUUAGAUGAAUUAGAGGGCAUGCUUACUAGGCUAAAAGCGGCCAUGCAAGAACUUAAAAACAAACAGAAUUGUAAGGAAAAGAUUCAGGUAAAUGAAAAGGACCAAGACCAAGAACCUACAAACUGCACUCCUUCCGAUGUUUCCGAAGCUCUGCAAAAACUUGAAAAACACGAGAAGCAACUUGAAGAAUUAGCAGCUCAAAUUCAGUUAAAAGAAGGAAAAAUUAACGAAACGGACGCUAAGUUCGGUGGAACAGAGCAAGCCGCAAGCGAUGUGUUAGUGAGACUUGAAGCGUGUACCAAAGGAGUCAACGACACCCGAGACCAACUGGCGUCAUUGACUAGAGAAAUCAAGAAUCACAAGUCACUUAUCGAGGACAAUGAAAUGCAAAUCCAUCAAAUGAAGAAUACGAUAACACUUCUGCAGCGCCAAAGUCCGGAGAAAGCGAAUGAGGGAGCGGAAAAGAGUAAAGGUAGGGAGAACUAGCCAUCCUUAUUAGAAAUAGCCAAUCAGAAGUAUGUUGCAGUUUUAAUACAGCGUUGUUAACAACCAGGGAGUGCUUUAUCGCGUUCGUCAGAACGCAUUCUAAUCUUAAUGUUAUUAAUAUAAUAAUAAUAACAUAUUUCAAUUGUCACAUGCAGUGUAGAUAGUGACACACUUCAUUUAUCUCUGCUGUGAUUAGUACGUUGUCCAACACUGACCUUUGCUUUGCAGAAUUCAUUUUUUUCCGCGCUGGGUGCAAGUUACGUUCGACAUAAUUUAAAAAAUGAUCUUUAUUAAUUGUCAAUGUAUUAACCACGAGAGUACUACUAGAGACGGGACCGCCAACUGACUCUGACUUUUUUUCCUCAGUAAUAAUAGAAGAAAAGCCAAAAGAGCCAGCAGAAACGCCUGCUCCCAGGCGCCGCACGCACAGUGUGGACCGAGAUGAACUGAGUCUAAUUAGGACCAUGAUCUUUGAUCUGCAAGAAGAGAAAGAUAAGUUGAAGCAAACAGACAUGCGCUUAAGUGACGAACUUUACAAGAAGCAGAAACACUUGGACGACCUUUAUAAUUUGAUCGAUGAGUUAAGGGAUGUAAAGGCGGAUAAGGAACUUCUCAGCAUGGGCUUUGAGAUGAAAGCUGACAAGAGGGAAGUUGACGCGAAGAUCGGACGGCAGGACUUUGAACAUUACAUGAGCCUUGUAGAUCAAUCAUUGAGGGAUCUACUGCAGAGGCUAGAUGGACAGGUAAGUUGUUGUUUUAUUUUACUACAGCAUAGUUGUUAUAAACAUAGGACUGGUUAACCUAAUCUUAGCCUCAGACGUUUUUCUUUUUUUUUUCGACAAUUCGACAGCGCGUUAGCGAAGCGAGCCCCUGAGAGCGCGGUUCUAUGGCAAAGAAAUUCCGCUGACAAUUCUCAUAUCAUUCGAUCUGCAAAUGUGGCAAUAGACAAAAAGUAAGUCAUUAUUAUAAUCCUUCAAUCUAACCUUUUUUUGACCUUUUUGCAGUUAGAAAAAAAUUACAAAGCCUCUCUCUCUCUCAAGAACUUUCAAAUCGUCACUGUUGUCGUUUGGCUACUUUUUAGGAGGACGCGUUGAGGCGAGCUCUUGAAGGACUCAACUCCGAUGUCGGUAAGAAGCUAGAUAAAGAAGAAGUGGAACCUUUGAAGCACUACCUGGAAAAGCGAAUGGAGGCCAUGAAACCGAAACCGAUAGAAAAGCCCCCUCCGGAAGAGUUGGCCGCAGGGAUUCGUAAGCAGUUCCUUGUAAAUCACAACUGCAUCUCAUGUGACCGUCCUGUGAAGUACGCCCGAGAGGGAACCUUUCCUCCGUUACCCACAAUGCACUCUAUGCCAGGAUCCAAAUCGAACCGUCCCUACACCACUUUCGAGCUGGAGCAGAUACGUCAGCACAUGCUGCAGGGAGGACUGGCGAUGACCAAGGAAAGGUUUGAGCUGUUGGAGAGGCAAAGGAACAAACUACAGAAAGAAAUUUUAAGACUCAGGUAUGAAAAUCCACAUAUAGGCAAAAAAAAGUCAUGAUAAAUUUGAUAGAAACUGAUGAUAUUUGGUGGAUGUGUGAAGCCUUUGUAGGAAGUAUGAAAAUACAUCUAUGUAAUAUCAACGAGAAUCAACAAAUAUACGAAGAAAUCCAUACAGUUUGACUUUAAUGCCAGCGCGUUUCCGUCGAGGUUACGUAACGAAUGGGAAGUCCAUCCGCGUAUCUAGGAGAUAAAAAAAGACGCUUGCGAUGACACCCGAGGAGCAAUUUUAGUCCCCUGCCCGCGGAAGGGGCGCGGCACUCCGGUCAUGGGAUUAUGAACGUAGAAAAAAUGCAACUGAAGAAAGACUACCACUCUCUAGGUUUGGUAAUUUUUUGGUACAUUUGUUUUCUUCCUCAUUUCCCAAAAGUGCAAUUGAAUUCAAAAAAUCAGCAGCUACAUCCGAGAAAGUAUGCAACAGGUGCGAAUUUGCCGCGACUUUUACAAAGAUAUGUUCAGUGUUAGCAAGCGUGAUACUUGCAGGAAAUUGUAGUGGGAUAACGAAGGCCUGCAAGCCCAUGUGGAAUCUUAAACUUUUUUUUUCUUUCUUGUCUAUCAGCGGUGCGCGUAAUCUACAAGAGCUGGCUGAAGUCACAGCAAGAGCAUGCGGGGGAGUCCACACCCUCACCUAUCCCCACAGUCAGGCUGUUGUUCGUGGGUUACAGCUUAAUAGGGACGACUUUGACCUCUUACUUCCCCAGAAAGAUUUUCAGCCAGUGGAUAUCCUCGGACAAGACGGACACAUAUACAAGGGGCUCUUGGAAAGCCUUCCACCGACGCUUCCUCACAUCCCGCAGAAGAACAAGUCCCCUGGGAUAAAAAAUCCCCCACGGAAUUUAAGAAGGAGCACUACUCCGUCAUCCCCAAGCGUCCAAAAGACUCUCCCGGAUGAAGCGGAAAGUUCUUAA